AUGGAGGACGUCGCCAACACUUUAGCGAUGAGUCAAAGUGUAAUGGAGAAAAUGCAGAAGCUCGAGAUCUCAAAGGUUCCAAUAACGUGUAAUGGUCAGGUGAAUACCGCUGAAAUGUUCAGAAAUACGACGUGGAAAAGUUCGAAACAUUGCUGAGAUUGCCAGCACGUGAAGUGAACGCAUUCAUGGCAAAAGAAGCGAAAAAAACGGAUGAGGAGAAGAUGACCGAGGAAGACAGAAGGGUAAAGAAAUCGCGAGAAGAGAAAAAGGAACGGGCGGCCAGAACUCUUCAGAAAUACGUAAGACUCCAUUGGGAAUGAAGAGACUUAACGAGAGAAUUUUUUCAGUUUCGGAAGAUCAGAGUUCGAAAAGAAAAAGACGCGUACAGGACCAGAAUCACAAAGAUAUCAGCAAAGAGAAGAGUGGCUCUUCUGGAGCAGAUCCGUCAGAAGAUGGGGGAGCAGCAGCCGGUGAGACGGUUCGGAGGGUAUCAGGUGGUGCGGGCGGUCGAACUUCACAGAGCCAGGCAGCACAUGCACGGCAACUGGCUCGCCAAACUGUCCGUCGACGUCAACUUCCACGAGAUGAAUCUCUCGAGACCGAGUUGGUUUUCCAAAGUCGAUUCUCCUCUAAAAGGCCUGUUUUCAGAUUCUCCAACUCAUCCGAUCGCCCAUUCGAUUCCUCUGCUCAUCCGUAAAAGCGCCGAAUUGAAACACGAGAAGAAGAUGAAAGAGAUCGAACGCGCAACAAUGGACAUCUACUGUGGACUUGGACCUCAGAAGAAUUCAUAA